AUGGAUCAAACCAAAACUAGUAAGACCAUCCUAUUCAUCCUGAUCCAAGGCAGCACCUGUUCUGGUAAAACAUCCUUCGCAGACUACAUCGAUGCCAUUCUCUCCCCACACCUGCGAAUCGAGAGAAUCGCCCUUGAUGAGUACUACAAAAAGAGAGACUUCCUCUUCACUGAUCCAGUAGCACGAAACUACGACUUCGAUUGCCCAGCCGCCUUUGACUGGGAUGACAUUGCUGCCACCAUCACUGGAUACGUCACGAAUGAUAGGCUGAUCAGGUGCAUCUCAUUUGAUUUUGCGACUCAACGUAGGGCUGAAUACCACAAGAAGAACACCAACCCAGAUGUGAUCGUGGUAGAGGGACUCUACGCAUUCAACCUGUUCAAUAGCAGCGUAUUCGACUGCAGCAGAAUCAGCUGCUGGAAGAAGCCACCUGAGAACGAGAAUGAGCUGAUUGAGAACGAGACUGGGAUAGCAGAAUGCAGGAGCAUCAGAAUUCUGCUUCAGGCGAAUAAGAAGAGGGUGAAGGAGCUGAGAGCCAAGAGAGACCAGGCUGAGAGGAAUACGACUGCUGAGACUGAGUCACUUGAUGUGCGACUGGAUGAGUACGUCUGGCCUGCUACUGAAAAGUGGGUGCAUUCUGCCCAUAGCAGGGUGGACUACCUGAUUCCAGAUGGAUCAUUCAACGUAGGAGAGUGCAUGCGUGUUGCCAAGGAGUUGCAGAAGCACCUGAUGGUAGAAGGAAGCAUUGGGGAAAUAAAGAAGGUAGAAAGAAGGAGGAAUACAGGGAAGAGUGGCUAG